UGUUCCCCUUACAUAUUUCUCCCGUUACGAAAACAUCUCCACGUGUUGCUAAAAAUAGACACUGGCCUGUUAUUCAAGAGUGGGCGCGGACCGCUGGGCAUUCAGAGAUCAGUGUACCUUCAGCUGACUGGAACAACAACACACACAUAGGUCUCUGGUCUGUUUCACCCAAGAUUUGUGAAUUUGCUGACAAGAUGUGGUGGUGGAGUGCUGUCCUCAUCAGCACAGUUCUGUGUCAGGUCGUCCAUGGGGCUGGCAUGUUCAAAUCCGUGACCUCUCAGCUCAUCCCGUUUAAUACUGUCCAGAAAAACUAUGGCGUGGCAGUCACAAAUGUGGGGAAUGGAGAUGGACCCAUGGAGUGGGUGGUUGCUGGAUAUAGUGGUCCCAAUCUAGUCCUCCAAUAUGACAAAGCCACAGGGAGGUACACUAACAUUGCACAGAGAGGCACUCCGUACGAAGUGUUAAUGGAUGCAGAAGGUGAUGCAAUUGGAGUGUGCGCAUGUGACAUUGAUGGAGAUGGAUUAGAAGAAAUCUACUUCUUGAACACAAACGACAGAUAUUCUGGUCCAAAGCUUGUGAAGGAUCGCCUUUUCAAGUGGAGAAAUGGUGUGUAUGUGGACCUGUUUAGUGAUGACUGGAAUAAGAACGUAUCCUCAAUGUUUGCUGGUCGUUCUGUCGCUUGCAUUGACAGGACUGGAUCAGGAAAAUAUGGAAUUUUGGUUGCCACUUAUGCUGAAACCUUCAGAGCCUACAAAAAAGGGAGCUUCGGCCUCAUAGAAAUGGAUGAGGUCCAUCCAAUUAACAACAUUGCAAGGGGCAAUAUUGUGUUGCAUGAUGUUGCCCUUGAUGCUGGAAUCGAUUUCUCUACUGGUGGACGAGGCAUUGUCGUUGGUCCUAUUGUGGGAGAUGAUGGUUUUUCUGAUAUUUAUUUUGUAAAUGAAGGAAAUUAUCAACUUCGGAACAGAGCAGACAAUGCUUUGUUCAAAAAUGAUGGAAGAGGACACUUCACAAAUAUGGCAAAGGAAAUGAAUUUGGAUGAUGACUAUCCAGGCAGAGGUGUCACUCUGGCAGAUUUCAACAAUGAUGGUCUUAUUGAUAUCGUGUAUGGAAACUGGAUGAGUCCCCAUAAGCUGCUGAUACAACGGAUUGAUUCUUAUGGGAACUCCAUAUUUGAUAAUGUUGCUACACCUACAUUUGAAAAGUCGUCUCCCAUCCGCACAGUCAUUGCUGCUGACUUUGAUAAUAAUGGCUACUUGGAUGUUUUCAUGAAUAACAUUGUCUAUGGGCCUCAUGAUGCUAGUAACAAACUUUAUGAAAUUCAGCCAAAUGGGAACUCGGUGACCAUUGUCAACGAAAAUAUUGGAGAUGCAGUAGAAAAAACUGGUUAUGGAACUGGUGCUUCUGUGGCUGAUGUUGACAAUGACGGAGUCCUGGAGUUACUGAUUGCCCAUGGAGAAUCUAAAGCAGAAGGACUCUCAUUUUACCAUGUGAUGAAAGCCGACUCUCACAACUGGAUUCGUUUCCUUCCCUUGACUCGGUAUGGUGCUCCUGCGCGAGGGGCUAAAGUCACUGUGACACUGGAUGGUCGCGAAGGAAUGAAACUGACAAGAAUUAUUGACGGUGGCAGUGGAUAUCUCUGUGCUAUGGAGCCUGUUGCACAUUUUGGCUUGGGCAGGAAUACGGCCCGUCAAGUGGAGAUCACAUGGCCAAAUGGUCAGCGUAAAACGCUGACAUUAUCUCCCAGUGAUGUAAAGAAGACUCAUGAAGUGACAAUCUCUGGUAGAGUAACGAGUAAAGAGCCCGACUCAAGUCCCAGCUCCUGGCAUACUGGUGGAGUUAAACAUCACAGCCAGUCUGUUGGGGGCUCCUCUGUGCAAGCAGCUAGAGCUCCAAGAGUGGAAUAUGUGAAUCCCACUCAAGCUAGACGAAGACCGAGCAGCAGGACGAACAGUGAGGUGCCGCGCAGAGGAAGAACCGAAGCUUCCUCCAGGCCGGAGAGGCGACGCACAGACCGAAGAGACAGAGUACGUGGUGGACGAAGGAGGACCAGGUACCGGUACAACACGACACCUGCUCCACAACCACCAACCACUACGACGGUCAAGCCUACAUGGAGGCCAGCUUAUCCCACAAGCAGAUACAGCUACUCGAGUCAGAGUCGGGGCAGGUAUAAUUACAGACGACAGGGCUCAACUUCGCGCCCGACGUAUUAUGAGAGAAGCGGAACUCGUACGACAAGUUCUCCCAGGGGCAAAGAAAAUCCCCCCACAUCUUCGAGAGGAGAAAGUACUCUUGAAUCAUCCAGGAGGUACGAUGGUGAACGACGUUCUUCAUCGGGACAUCGUCAAAAUCAAGGUUCUGAAACGCCAGAGAGAUUGCGUUCAGGCAGCAGGCAUAGGGAACAGAUAAGAGGUUCCAACUCGUAUCGUCGUGUUCAAACAAGCUCACGUCAGAGAAGCCAUACGACAAGAACGAAAGAAUCACCAGAAACGUCGAGUUCAAGCAGACGGUACAAUACAUGGACACGCACAGACUCAAAUCCGAACCCUUACGAUGCUUACUAUCGACAGCAUUAUGCUGGAUCAAGAGGAAAGUCAGAUUCUUCUAGAGUCUCCCCUUACAGAUAUAUCCCUUAUCACCAGUCGCGUGCAAGUCCAAGUUCCAGCACCGACAGCAGAUACCGUCAACGGGGAUAUGCGAGUUCCAGUGCCGCUAGCACUAGGCCCAGAUACAAUCCGAAAACGCAGGCUUAUGGUAACACGAACAGUCGGCGGGAAUACGCUCCAACAAACCCUGCAACUAGCACCAACCGUCAUGGGCAGCGUACACAUACCGGCCAAAGCCCCAGUACCGGCAGUACCAGCAGCAGAUACGAUCAACGAAAUUACGGGAACUCCCACUACAACAGACGAACAGACCAACAGCACAGCAGAGUCAAUCAACAGGUACAUCACAGAGGUUCACAAACAAACCAAGCUCAUCAUACAGGCAGCAGGACAACAGCGCACACUGGGACAAAGACUACAGACAGACAAACUGCCGAUCGCGGCGGACACAGCCAUCAUUCUCAUAGUGGUUCAAACACGCGCCAUAAUGUCCAAACAGAUCCUCAUCGCAGGAAACAAGUGACCGGGACUGGAGAAUCAACAGCGGAGAGGCAUUCUACGGACAGUCGGUAUUAUCGGCGGGGGUCCCGAGGUUCGACCUCAGGGCGUGACCCACGACUGGAUCCUUACCGCAGCAGGCCUUCGUCGACCUCGACUCAUACGUCUUCAGGGUGGAAAGAGGCUGCUAAACAAAGUCCUCCAAGCACCAACCCGAGCUCAUACUACGGUUCACGUUAUCAUCGAAAGUUGCAAAGCAGUUCCACAAAUCCCAACACAUCCCGGACUCGGAGCAACUCUUGGACAUACGGCAGGCAAAGGUCAGCGGUCGACAAAAGUCACAACAAGUCCCCAUCAUCAAGUAGCCAUCAUAACAACAGGAAUUACCAUACCGACCACAGAAACGCUGGGUCCAGCCACACUGGUGCCACGACCAGACCGAGGCGCAGAGAGGCCACAGCUUCUGAAUACACGCCAGGACAAAGGUACAAUGACCACCGCUACAACCGCGCAAAUACUGACAAAGAGUCUAUGAGAUCCAGACAAGGCUGAUACUGCAACUAUACUCAUACAAAGCGGUACAAACAAUAUUUUUUGUUCGCCUCUAUAGAGAGUCUAAAGAGAGCGGGACAUUCUCUGACAGCCAUUUGACCUAAAUCUGUGGCCUGAUCAGUGUGCCAUUCACCAUAGCGUUAAACCGCAUUGAUUGGUUCUUUGUUGUUCUUUCUUUCCAUUUCAAACUAAAACAUUUGCCAUUUUGUGGUGUGGAAAAAAUCCUAAUCCUGAUGACUUUCCAAACUCACUGUGUAAAUACAUGUAUCUCCAUUUUUUGCGAAAUAAACAUACAUUUUAUGUUAAC